CCUCCCGAGGCGCUCUCUCGCACACGUCUUUCCACAAGCUUCGCUGCAGACCGCAAUGAUUUUUGUCUCCGUUUUUGCCUGAAACUUUGUUCAACUUCUCCGCCUCGGACCGUCACGCGUAUUUCCUUCCUUCCACGCCACAUUACUAUGUUGAACAAUAGAGAUCGCUGGAGGGUCUACAAGAGGGUGAGUGUCGUGUUCUUCCUGGCAGUGGUGGCGCUGACAGUCGUCCAGCGAGGGAGUGUCAACGUCAGGGCGCCGUUUGAGUUGGAAAGACUGGCUCGCAUGGACGCCUCUCAAGGAGCCGGCCCGCGUGACUCCAACAAGUGGCUGAAAGGAUUUUGGAAAGUCAGCAAGCACCACCCGCCACUGCAGAUCGCCACCACCCCUGAGCCAAGCAUCUCUGAAGACGUCGCUCUAAGAAGCUGGGACGUGAGCGGCACCAACUGCAGCGCCAACCUCAAUCUCUCCGGCCAAGAUUGGUUCCGGGGCCUGGAGAGCAACUUCAAGCAGUUCCUGCUCUAUCGACACUGCAGGUACUUUCCCAUGCUGCUCAACCAUGCAGAGAAGUGCUCGGGGGACAUCUACCUGCUCAUGGUCAUCAAAUCCGUGGCCACCCAACAUGACCGCAGAGAGGUCAUCCGGAAAACAUGGGGUAAGGAGCAAGUGCUGAAUGGGAGGAGGAUAAAAACAGUCUUUCUCCUCGGCAAACCCUCCAAUGAGGCGGAGCGAGCAAACCAUCAGAAGUUGGUUGAAUUUGAGGACUACAUCUAUGGGGACAUCCUCCAGUGGGACUUCUUGGACAGCUUCUUUAAUCUCACCCUGAAGGAGACCCAUUUCCUCAAGUGGUUCCACACGUACUGCCCGAAUGUGCGCUACGUCUUCAAGGGGGACGACGACGUGUUUGUCAGCGUGGAGAACAUCUUUGAGUUCCUGGACAACAGCAAACAUGGCGGGAAUCUUUUUGUGGGCGAUGUGAUCUUCAAGGCCAAGCCCAUUCGCAAAAAGGAAAACAAGUACUACAUCCCUCUGGCAAUGUACAACAAGACGCAUUACCCGCCGUACGCAGGUGGAGGUGGGUUCUUGAUGGGCGGAACUUUAGCGAGAAGGCUCUACAGGGUGGCCGACUCGCUGGAGCUUUAUCCUAUCGACGACGUGUUUUUAGGCAUGUGUCUAGAAGUGCUUGAGGUGAUGCCAAUAAAGCACAACGCCUUCAAGACCUUCGGCUUGGUGAAAAACAAAGCCAGCAAGCUGAACAGAGAACCUUGUUUCUUUAAGAGCAUGAUCGUCGUGCACAAACUACUCCCGUCAGACCUCAUGCACAUGUGGAACCUAGUCAACAGUGACCUGGUCUGCUCGCAGAAAGUUGAGCUCCUAUAGCUUGACUUGAUGCAGACGCCCCAAAACACAACCCUGUUGACUCUCCUUUCUGAAGAGCGGGAUCAGGCCAGUAUUUGCAUUUACUGAGUCUGUGCAGUAGUGCAAUAUUCAGAGGACGUUCCUCAAGACUUUAAAUUAUAUCGUUGUUUUACACUUGUAUUUAUUUGGAAUUUUGAAGGAUGUGUCAGCAAACAAAAUCCUAAAACUUGUGCAUCUUCUUCACCUCACGUUGCUUUUUGAGGACUCAAACCAAAGGCCAAAUUAAACUGCAGGGAUUCUACCUAUAGAUGAAUUUGUAUAGGCUCCAUUGAUCCAAGCAACCUUGUGUAGUGUGGAGCGUUCGCCACACAAACACCAGUGGUGCUGAACGUUCUCAUACUAUAGAAACAAAACACGCCAUAAUGGUCAAUCCAAAUGUGCUUGUCAGAAUCGGAGGCAGCUGCUUGUGUGUGAUGGCAGUGUUGACAACCGAGGAGCAAUGUGUGCAGUCUCUUGUGCCAAAGGAUGACAAAAUAGCACCUGCGUGUUCAGUCUUGCUGCCGUCCUGCCGUGAGCGUGCCUUUUACAUUUACAAAGGAUGUCCAUGGAUACAGUGUUAACUCUUUUUGUACAUUAACUCAUAGCCUACGUAGCGGGUUCACAUGUACUCAAAAUCGCUCCAGUCAUUUUCUUCUUCUUCACACAGGAAGUUAUUGUGAUGUGACUAAAAUAUGCAACACAGGUGUCUUUUUUGGCUUUCAUCAGGUGCUUGGACUCAUGUGCCGUGUUUCUGCCGAGUCGUCCUGGUAGGUCGGUCUCAGGUCACCGGUGUGUCCCGAGUGCAGUACAAUUUUAUUCACAGAAUAUUUAUUCCGAUUGUCUGCAUCAAAUCCGCUAAACUUAAAGCGUCAUGAAGCAGUGUCCUCAUUUUCAGAGCCCUCUAGAUGGCACUGUCUGAUGAAGCUUCAUGAAACAGUGUCGUUAUUUCCCGAUCUCAGUAGGUAGUUAGUUAGUAGCGCUGUGGGUUUUAUUUCAAAUUAAAAGAUUUUAGCAUACAGAGUGAAAAUGAGGACGCUGUUUCAUGAAGUCUCAUGAGACCUUUUUGAAAUUACCCUUAAAAACAAUGCCUGCCGUCACAACUCACAUUUUGCGUCUUAUCUCCCGUACAGUUUGUGGAAUUUGCAGACAUCUGUACUCUUAUUGGCCCCUUGUGGUACCUCCAGCGAAGUGCUUCCAACUCUUCAGAAUAGCUGACUGAGAGCAAGACCCCUCGGUGGAAACACUAGUCUUUUAGCUAGGGGGGCAUCUGGGCGUCUGCAAA